AUGACCUCCGUCAACGGCCAUGUCUCCAAAUCGCAGCAAGCGGCGCAGCGCCGCAUCGAGCACCACGAAGCCGAUGUCGUGAUCGUGGGCGCCGGGAUUAUGGGUUGUGCGCUUGCCGUAGCGCUGGGAAGACAAGGACGGAGCGUCAUUCUGCUAGAGAAUUCAAUGAAGGAGCCCGACCGCAUUGUGGGUGAGCUCCUCCAGCCCGGAGGGGUGCACGCAUUGGAAAUGCUGGGACUGCGGGAUUGUCUGGAGGAGAUCGACUCGAUCGAUGUCAAGGGAUACUAUGUCUCAUACUUUGGCGAGCCCGUGCUUUUGGACUACCCCAAGUCCACGCCGUCGUCGGCCUCGCCACUAGGCCGGACUUUCCAUCACGGCCGGUUUGUGAUAAAACUGCGUGCGGCGGCCCUGGCCUGCGCCAACGUGACGGUGGUCGAGACUAAGGCGACGGCGCUGGUGACAUCGUCGUAUACGCAGCAGGUGCUCGGGGUCGAGUGCGUGGCUAAGGACCUCAAGGACUGCUAUUUUGCCCAGCUCACUGUUGUCGCCAACGGCUACGACUCCAAACUCGGAAAAUCGUACCACCCGCACACCCCGACGCGCCGGUCCAAGUUCUGGGGCCUCGAGCUCAUCGACGCUAAGCUGCCGGCUCCCUGCUACGGUCAUGUUCUGCUCAGUAACAGUCCGCCCGUGCUUAUGUACCAGAUCGGCACCCACGAGACCCGCAUCCUCGUUGAUAUCCCCGAUAAUUUGCCCUCGGCCUCGGUGAAGAACGGUGGCGUCAAGGGUCACUUACGGAAUACUAUCUUGCCUAUAUUGCCCGAGUCCGUACAACCGUCGUUCCUGGCUGCGUUGGAGAAGGGCCAGCUGCGUUCGAUGCCGAAUUCGUUUCUACCCGCUUCGGCCAACAAAACCCCCGGCUUAGCCAUUCUUGGUGAUGCACUAAAUAUGCGACAUCCUCUGACCGGAGGUGGAAUGACCGUCGCACUCAACGAUGUCUGCGUCCUCCGCGACUUGCUGAGCCCGGAGCGUGUACCGAGUCUCUCAGAUACGCGGUUGGUGCUGAAGCAGCUCAGCCGCUUCCAUUGGACCCGAAAAAAUUCGGCUACCGUCAUCAACAUUUUAGCCCAGGCACUGUACAUGCUUUUUGCUGCUAAUGGUAUGUGUUUGUUCCGUGUUUUCUCCUCUCUCGUGCCUCACGCUUACAUUCAUUCAGAUCAAAAUCUCAAGGCCCUGCAACGUGGCUGCUUCCGCUACUUCCAAUUAGGCUACGUCGCCGGGCCCGUCGGGCUACUGGCAGGCCUGAUCAAGCAGCCGUUUAUUCUGUUCAGCCACUUCUUCUCUGUCGCCUUCCUCUCUAUCUGGGUUCUCUUCCGGGAAACUCCCGUGUCCCGGUUGUUGUUAUUCCCGUUCCAGUCCAUCAUGGUGUUUUGGACUGCCUGCGUGGUGAUUGCCCCAUAUAUCUUUGCCGAGAUAUGGAGCUAA